AACUUGAAGGUAUAUUUCAGCCAUGGCAGAUGAGUUUGGUGCAGGAACAAACUGGUGGGAUAGAACAGCUGCAAGUUCUUCUUCUUCUUCAUCUUCUGCUCUAAACAAUAGCUUGGGAACCUUUGGUUGGGCACCGGAAAUGGCUGAUAUCAAACCAGCAUCUUCCAUUGAUUCCAUCUCACCACCAUCAUCAGUCGUUUUUCAAGAUAACCCAAAACUUCAAGCUGGAGCUGCUGAUUUACACAUGAUGGAGCUCGGCCUUUCCUCUCAACCUAUGGACUGGAAUCAAGCUUUUAUCCGUGGGGAAAAGAAUGUGAAUAGUUUCAAAUCCAUGCUCGAAGAACAUAAUCUGGAAACUUCAACGAUUCUGCAAGGAUUCAUGUUGGGGUCUGAAAACAAUCAAGUUCACGGGAGUCGUCCGAUCAAUGAUUAUCAAUAUGGGAUGAACAGCAAUGAUCAUCAUCAACUGUUGCCUAAUUCUUGGUCUAAAGUCCCUCAAUUCUUGAGAAAUUCGCCUCCGAAACAUGGACAGUUACAUUUCUCAAACAAUGCUCCUUUUUGGAAUCCAUCUGCAGCGGCGGCUGAUCAUAAUGUCACCCCGCCUGGGUUUCUCCCAUCACUGCAAACCCAGAUUCAAACAACACACUUCUGUGAAAAGCCAAAGAAAAUAUCUGGGGUUCGAGACUCGAGCACUGUGGUGAAGAAAAGUGUAAACGAAGCCUCAUCUAAAAGGCCUCGAAGUGAAACCCCAUCUUUGCCCGCUUUCAAGACUGAUACAGCCUCAGUGCUGUCAGAAGCCAUUGAGUACAUAAAAUCCCUCCAUGAUCAAGUCAACGUUUUAAGUACUUCAUACAUGAAAAAUGGAGCUGCCACUCACUAUCAUCACCAGAACUAUGAGAAGUCCAUGGACCCUGAAGGGUUUAAACAAGAUCUAAGAAGCCGGGGACUGUGUCUCGUGCCCGUCUCAAGCACGUUUCCGGUGACACACGAGUCGUCGGUGGAUUUUUGGACGCCGACGUUCGGGGGAACAUUCAGGUAGAAACGAAGAUAUAACU